AUGACGAAUCCAGAACUUCGCGCGCAGGUCAUACAUAUAUACAAGGGUUAUGAAUAUUACCGGAACAGGUUACAUAAAGCGUUUUCGAGCCAGGCACAUCUGGAUAAUGAGGAACAGAUCCGGAAAGGUAUUGCUAGGGCGGAAUUUGUUAAGAAGGAAAUCGAAGCAUUGUGA